AUGUGCGGCCCCGCCGAGUUCAGGCCGGAGCGGCACCGGCCGUCGAUCGGGGAGGUGGACGACGUGCUGGCCAGCAUCCUGGUCCGCCUCCCCCUGAAGGCCCUGCUGAGGUGCAAGCUCGUCUGCCGGCGGUGGCGCCACCUCGUCUCCGACCCCGUCUUCGUCUCCGGCUACUCCCGCCGCCACGCCCGACUCCGCUCCUCCGGCUUCUACCUCCAAAGGUUCCUGUUUUACCGCCUCUACUCCUCCCUCAAGUUCGUUUCUUGCGACCCCCCGGAGGAAGCCCCGACAGGUGGUCCCAGUCCUUGCUCCGGCGCCGACCAUUCUCUGGCGAAUUUGAUCGAGGACGAGAACGGCGUGUUUGUCCGGCAUUCCUGCAAUGGGCUCCUCCUCUGCAGCAGCUUCCGGUGUCACGAGGACGAUCGGAUUUACUACAUCUGCACGCCUCCCACCAGGCAGUUCCUCCCUCUCCCCAGCCCCGACUGCCGGACCGUUUUCGGGAUCAACGUGGCCUUCGAUCCCGCCAAAGCCCUUUACCGGCUCGUGUGCGUCGCCGACUCCGAAGUGUCGGCGCGGCACCGGCAGAUUCUCGUGUGCUCCUCGCACUUUGGCGGCUGGAGGAAAUCCGGGAAGCCAUUCCCCGUUUCGGAUGAGCUGUUGUUCAACCGGGGCGUGUUUUGGAACGGCGGACUUCACUGGAUUGGCAGGGGGAGGUCUUCUCUCCGGUUCCACGUGAAAGACGAGGUUUUGAUGGAGAUGGCAAUGCCACCGGUCCGGGAAGGGUGGUCCGAGAGGAAAUUGGGCUACUUCGGGGAAUCGGGAGGCCAUCUCUAUCUGGUGGAGAUCUACGGCUCGUCCACCACUGCCUUUGAUGUGAUGGAGAUGGCGAGGGACUACUCCGGCUGGUUCGUGAAGUACCAUGUCGAUCUUGAGGCGGUGGCGAGGGAUUUGGCGAGGAGCCUGCAGAGGAAUGUGCAUAUCGUCGCGGCAUACAGCUUCUCUGUGCUGCACAUUGUUCAUAGGCAAGUAGGAGAGAAGGAAGAGUGUUUCAUGGUAUUGCGCAUCCCCAGCAAAUUUGUGUUGUAUGACCUCAAGAAGAACACGGCCAUGGACAUUGGUGACUCGAUGCCCCAGCUCAAGAGCAUUGAACGGGAAGAUGGAUUGAAACCACCGAAGACUUGGAUAGUGAAGGCGUGGGUAUUGCCAGAGGAAGAUGCUCCAGAACUAUAUGUGAAGUGGGCAAAUGAUUGGUGGACCUAG